AUGGAGAUCGACUUUUCCAAGCGCGAUCAAGCCGUCCAGGCGGCAGGCGAUCCCAUCGCCUUCCCUCUUCUCCAGCUCAUCAGCGAAGCUCGCAACGAGCAUGGAAUGCGACAGCAGGACUUUGCCCGUUACCGACGAUACUGUGCCUCCAAGACACAUCGACUACGAGAGCUACUUUCUCUCACCCACUCUGACGGCUCCCAGAAGACCGACACGAAAAAGUCAAAGGGCGCAAAGGCUGCUGGAGCCAAGAAACUCAAAAAAGCUCAGCAGGCUGCCGCUCAGAGUGCAAACGCAAAGGGCCACGGCAACGUCUUCACCGCCAAGAAGCUCGACAUCACCAACGUCGCUGAUGCGCGUCCCGCCCAUCUGCUUCUCUUUGAGGCCGAACGUGCAUGGGCUUACUCGCAGGAACUUCGAGCCCAAGCUUUCGACGACGAUUCCCAUCCUCAGCUACGCAAGCGUGCCAUUUCCAGACUGCGCCGUGCUGAGCAGUGGUCCUACUCUCUCCACCAGCUCGUCCAGGCGCUUUCGUCCCGAUUCGACGUCUACUCUCGCGCCCAGACCGCUGCCUAUUUGCUCAUCAUCAAUGCCACCACUGCAUUCGACCGCUCCCAGUGGGAAAAGGCUCUCCAGACGCUCUCCGUGGCUCGCAACCUUCUCAAUGCCAUCGCCGCCAACAGUGACACUAGCCGCGCCGAGGCCCUCGCCAAUAGCUUUGUCGAUGCAGGUGAAGCUCAGAUGCGCUACUCUGCUUACCAGCUCGGCAACUCGGAGCAAGACAUGGACAAAAUCGCGACCUCUAUCGCGCUGCCCAAAGUUGGAGAAAAGAUCCUGCCCGAGUACUCGCAGCUCGUCCAGGAGCUCGCCUCCGCCAAGGCCACCAAUCGAGGCACGCAGAAACAGGCGCUCUCCUUGAGCUGGCAUGGUCGCCAGAUCCCUGUGCGCAACCCGGAGUUGCUCGACACCAUCGUGGCUGCUCAGUCUGAGGAAGCUGCACUCCGAGCCUCGGUUCAGGUCGAGGCGAUCAGCGACUCGGCGGCUGAAGCCGCUGCCGCUGCUGCCGCCGCUGCCAACCGCAAAUCCAAAUCUGCCGCUACGGAUGGCAAGCGUGUUCGUCUCUCGCACGCCCAGCGCAAGGCUAAGAAGCGCGAGAUCGUUCACGGCGAGUCGUCGGCUCAAGGUGCCCGCAACGCCGCCGCGACGGUACGACUAGGUAAAGCGGGUCGCACCGAGCUCGAUCCCUUUGACCGCGCCCUCAGUGCCUUUACCGAUGCCGAGGACGUUGCCCGCAAGCUCGUCGAUGACAACGCCGAGGCGCUCUCCAAGAGCCAUUCAGCUCGAUACGAGACGGCCAGCAAGGAUUUGCAGACCGCCCAUGACCUCAUCUUCUACCGUCUUCUGGCCCUUCGCGUCUGGCGCAACCUGCGUCUCGUCGCCGAAGUCGAGCGACGUGCCGAGAAGCGUGAGAAGCGCGCCAUGUCCAGCGUCGAGGCGCGCCUCAAGGGCAAGACCAGCCGAGCCGUCGUUCGAAAGCGCGGCCAGAAGAGCAAGGGCAAGCAGCAGAAGCUCACUGAAGCCAUCGCUGUCAAGAAUGCGCGAGGCGCUCGCAAGAAUCCGCCUGGCUCGCGUGCCAAGAAGUCGCGCACCACCUCUCGCUCUCACGCACGCAAGCCAGCUAGGAGCGGUACCCGCAAGCUGCGCACUCGUCAGGCUCUAGCCCGAGAGAAUCGCGCUCGUGCUAUCGCUGCUCAGAAGUCCAAGCGUCGCGGUGCUCGAGCCGUGCCUUCACUCGCCAAGCUGCUCGAUGUUGCCGAGACGAGCCUAGUCGCCAUGGGCUCCAUCGGUCUCAUCGAGUCCGAGCCCGACGUCUCGAGCCUCGUCGAAGCCAAGGCCGCCUGGUUCCGAAGCGAAAUUCUCCGCCAUCUCGCUCGCGCCUUCUCGCUCUCGGGGUCCCAUGCCGAAGCUGUACUGCUGCUCACCCGCGCUCAGCUGUACAUUCGUCAAGCUCGCCAAGCCGCCGAUCUGGCCGAAGAUGUCAACGAGGAGGAUGCCGAUUUCCCGCCACGCCUCAAGUCGAGCGAUGGUCCCGAUGCCGUCUUCGACCACUCGGAUCACGUGCUCGCAAGCCUGAAGCGAGCCGUGCAAAAGUCGCUCCUCAAGGCACAGUCACAGCAGCAGCAGCAGCGGACAGGCAAAGCCAACGCUCGGCUUGACAAGGCAAAGAGCGGCUCGUCUAUGUCAGACUCGCGUGCUGGUCAAGCGCUCCAAGAGCUCGCUCGAAAGUACAUUGACUUUGAUUCCGUCUCGUUGCAGGAAGCCCAACGCGUGCCCGACGACGUGCAAGCCGAGUACGAGCAGGAACAGCGAGCGAUUCUAGACGCAACUGCAGGUAAGGUGAAUGCUAAGACUUUCAAAGCGCCUGCCAAUGCUAAAGCGGCGCCCAAAGCUGUCAACGCAGAGCUGGUGCAGUCUGUCGUCGCGGAGCAAGACGACGAAGCAGAGCACUUUGAAGAUGAUGACGAUGAUGAUGAAGGUAAUUUCUCGCUAGCUUACGACCCGGCCAACGCACUGGCCGAGGAGGAGGAGGCUAGGGUCGAGGCCGAGGCCGCUGCCAACAAGAAAGGCUGGCUCGGCGGCUGGUUCGGUCGUGGCUGA